UAAACACAUCGUAAGCUUUGUUAAUUUAUGUAAAGUUUUUGUGAACUCUACGCAGUUGGCAACUCUUGUAAGACAUUCGACCUUUAUGUUCGACAUUUGCCUUUAUUUAAGUUGUUCGUCAUUUUGAUUUAUUAGAGUCGUGAAUGUUCAAGAGGAAAGGCGCAAACUGCGAAAUAAACGCACUCGUACCCGUCGUCAUGCCAUUGUAACCAAAGAGGCGUUUUAUUUCUUUAGCCUACUCACGACUCGACACCUUUAUUUCGCAGUUUCGAUCACUGGAACUUGCGAACUGCAGCCGAGCCGACGCUGCACAUUGCCAAAAGAAAAUAAGUUAAAUGCCAUGUGAACGCUCCCCCACCCGGCGAGACGCACCACCCAGACGCAGCCCACGCCUACAACAAGGAUUAAUCACACCGCCAGUAAAAACGUCUGCCACGAUGAUCACGUCCAACACAACAUGCCCAAACACUUCCGGAACAUCCGCUCUGUCCACCACCUCAGCCGCCGCCAGUACAUCUGCAAGUGGGACCGUUUUUAGUGGACCAAAUGGAAGCUCCAAAACCACAUCUGCCGUUGCGACGUCCCUUGCAAAUGUCACCGUAGGAAGCAGCGCAGCAAUCAGUGCCGCCAGCAACACAUCAGGUAACACCGCCACCGCUGCAAAUGCCACAGCAGCAUCGCGUAAUAUUAGUACUGCACAACAGCUUAGUUAUUUAUUCGAAAAAAUUAAAGAGUUGCAACACCAGUUACGGGACACUCAAGCGCAGUUAAAUGAUAGCAACAACAAACGGCAAGCUUUAGAAGAACGGUUCAUUUCUAAUGAGUCGUCGACAGCGCAGUCGACGUCGAGCGGCGCUAGCAGUAGGGUUAAUAGCGGUGCUUUGCAACUGCCGCUCGAUGUCACCGACAAUUCUAUAAGGUCAGCGAGUGCAAAUGUACAUCCGUUUAUAAUGCCACCACCCGUUACCUUUCCUGCUGACGUCAAUAACUUUCAAGCAGCCACAAUAACAAAUGCACAAGUGAACCAAUCGCUAGGUAUGCCUAUUAAUUAUGCCGUGCCGCGAAAAAUUCAGGAUUUACCAGAAUUUAGUGGGCUACCUGAAGACUGGCCGCUGUUUUAUAAUGCUUUUACUAAUUCAACGGCCGCGUAUGGUUACAGCAAUUUGGAGAAUAACCAACGUCUCCUAAAAAGCCUAAAAGGCGAAGCUAGGGAAAUUGUUAAAUCACUCCUUAUUCAUCCAGAAAACGUACACGCUGCAAUAGAACAGCUAAAGUUUCGUUUUGGUAGACCCGAAUUGUUGAUUCGAAGUCAGUUACGUCAGGUUAAAAAUAUUUCACUCAUUUCAGAAUCCGCGAUUGAAAAACUCAUCCCAUUUGCAACGAAAACCAAAAAUUUAGCUACAUUUUUACAAUCCGUUAACNAUGGAGAACACCAUCUGGCGAAUCCUACACUGCUUGAAGAGUUAGUAGGCAAACUCCCUACAAGCAAGAAGAUGGAAUGGGCUAGAUACGCUGCUACUGUAACACCAUACCCGACAGUUGUAGACUUUAGCAACUGGUUAAGCGGUGUCGCGAAUUUGGUAUGCACUGUUCAUGAUACAGAGGCCCGUCGACGAGUCGUACUGUAUGCAAACGACAAUAAAGACUACGGGCGACAGAACCACGGAGUCGGGAGGAAUAGCUACAACAAGUGUCCACUUUGUAUGGGGGAGCAUAAA